UUAUAGCUACCUACUGAGUAGUGAGUACUGAUCCACUUUCAAAACCAAAUUGUGCCCCGCAAAACAAGCCCUUUUUUCCUUAACCGCUCCACCCUAUUAGUUAUCUCCUUAAAUGCUAGUAAAUUACGUACAUAGAACUCUGAAUAAGCACUCUUACAUUUCUCAUUGUUGUUUUACUCUUCAGUUUCCAGGUCAGUUAUCACCGGAUUCAUCUUUUGCAUCAAUGGGAAGAGCAAGAACUGAUUCAGAUAUCAAAUCCCAUUUGGUAACAGAAAUAUGCAACAUAUCAGACCGUGCUGUCACCUGCGCUCAUCAGCAUCAUUUCCGUUCUACUAAUCCGCCUUUCGUUGAUUGGUAUCUGGUCCUCAAAGUGGAUGAGAAUGCAGGGCCCGAUAUCAUCAGGAAGCAUUACCUUAGACUUGCUUUGCAGCUUCAUCCUGAUAAAAACAAGCAUCCCAAGGCCGAUACAGCCUUCAAGCUUGUCUCCGAGGCAUAUGCAUGUCUAUCAGACGACGCCAGGAGAACAGCUUUCAAUCUGGAGAGGCAUAGGAACUUCUGUUUCAAGUGCAGCAAUAUUUCAGACGAUUCCCCCAUCCCAAGCAACACAAAACCGAAGAGAAUACCCACUUCAGAGAGGACUAGAUCUAAUCAUGCCUUGCAAAGGAUGAAGGACCUACGGGCCAGAUUUAUGGAAGAGGCUACCAUUAUAGAGAAUUGUCUGAAGGCCAAUGCAGCAUCAAGGGUAUCAGACUCAUCCAGGAAGGAACUACCCACCUUCAAUCCUGCAGAUUACCUUUCCCAAGGCUAUCCUCACCGCACCACUAGCAAUAACAAGAAACUAGAGCGUUCUAUUUCCAGAAACUAUGGGCUUCACAUAUUGCGCACGAAACCAUAAUCAGAAGAAUGCAGAUCAGAAUGGAAA